AUGGGAUCGUCAGCAUCGAAAACAGUGGAUGAGAAGAAAAUUUCUCAAAACGAAAAAGGUUUAGUGGUUAAUAUCUCCUCAGGAGGAUCGGUCAACAUCACUGGAAACGAUAUCCGUUUAACGUCGAAUGGUGAAUCCACGUCGAAUGGUGAAUCCACGUCGAAUGGUGAAUCCACGUCGAAUGGUGAAGAAACAGCUUCGAAGAUAUCAUCGUCCUACGCAAUCAACCGGGAGAAGAAUCGAAAAAGAAUCCAACUGAAGACAAAAAGGAAAAAUCGUCGAGACGUUCGUCCUUCUGUUCGAGACGUUCGUCCUUCUGUUGUGCGCAGCUCGAAUCAGCAGCCACUCACGAGUACUCCUCGCCAAUUGAAUCCUCCCCGUCACCCCUACAAUUUCGCCGACUACUCCCAUAUGGAGUAUCGUGAACACUUUCUUGGCGGACGUGGACCGACAUUUGUAGGGGACUCAUCCAGCUACAACAACGAUAACGGAACAAACCCUCUUCCGAAUCGCUCCAGUGGGCACCAAUACGAUCUUUCGGACAUAUCUCUAGAAAUUGAGAAUCCACGUGAAAACGAAGAUCCUAAUAGAAACGAGCAAGGAAAACAUGCAUCGGACAUAUACAGUGGAAUCAGCAAAUGUACGCCAACAACCGAUAAUCCUACAACGAAUCACAAUUCAUUGUAUUAUGAUGUUGAAGAAGAGAACCGUGCUGAUGUGAAUGAGAAUUCCAGUUCAAGAAGAGUGACAACAGCAGACAUGGAAAAUACGAGAAGAAUACAAAGUUCGUCGUUCCCGAAAUCGUGGAUUUUGAGAAAUGAUCCGAAUUCUACUUUGAAAAACAAUGCUCUCCGGCAGCUCCAACUUUGUCAACCUCAAAAAAAAGAAAGACUGACGACGGACACGAUUCAACUAGGUACAAAUUCGAGCAAUCCAAUGACCUUCUUCUACCGAAAUUUUCGAGAUUUGAUAGGAAAUCCUUACCCUGUGGAUUUUGGACCAACAAACGGGUGGCCAAAAAUGCGUUGCUAUAAUAUAGUUGCCAUCGGUGCGUCUACAUUUCCACAUACUUGGCUUCUACUCCAAGACAGAAAUUGUCACGAAAUACGUUAUUUGACAAAAGUCAACGUUCCAAAUUGGAGAAAGUUUCUCACUGAAGACGACGAGCAAAACGACGAAGAGUAA